AUGGCCAAAUCCGCAGACAAGGUGGAAAAGCCCUGGGAAACGGCCUCCGAGCCGCAAUCGUCCCAGACCGCCCAACGCAAGCGAAAACCCGCCGCAAAAACCACAUGCUCCCCCUGCAGAACCACUCGACUGGCGCUGCGGGCGCUCUUCUGGUACGCCGUCUUCCUGCUCUACUGGAAGUGCCCCUACGGCUCCGAGCUCAACACAAACAGCCCCGCGCUCUGUGGCCCGCUGCAUUGCGGUAUCCAGCGAAUUGAGCCCGUCGUCAAGCCCUACUAUGACACCUACGCCGAGCCCUACGUGAUGCUGGCCCGUCCCUAUUGCACAAAAACCGUCGAGCUCAACAACAACUACGUGGUGCCUGCUGGCCAGCGGGUCGGACGUGCGGCGCGAGCAGUGUACAACCGGUUCCUGGCUCCCCACGUCGACACGGCUUGUGCAAAGGCCGAGGAGCUGUACGAUACUCAUGCCAAGGAGCACCAUCAGGUUGUGACCCAGCACUACAACCAUGUGAUGCAAUAUGCCAAUCAGCAGUACGAACGGGCGCGAAUCAUCAGCCUGACCGUCUACAUGAAUCACGUUCAGCCCGUGCUGGUCAAGUUGGAACCCCAUUGUGAUCGAGCAGUCAGAUAUCUGCAUUCGCACGUGUGUCCCCGAGCCAAGGCAUACUCGCUCCAGCUCUACUACCACAUUGAGAGCGUCAUUUCACGGGGCUACGCUGUGAUCACGCCCAAGAUUCAGGAGGUUUGGGACAAGAACGUGGAGCCUCAGCUGGUCAAGAUCCGAGAACGAGUCUCUCUGUACCGACACAAGAGCCAGACCAUUGUUUCCACCGCCGGAACCGUGAUCAUUGGCGUCGAGAACCCUACCGAUACCGCCGCCGAGGUGUCUUCUUCCGUUUCUACCUCCGUUGACACCACCUCCGAGACUUCUGCUGCUGAUACCCUUCUGGCCACUCCCGUCGAAGAGCUGGAGGAGACUGCCACCGCUACGGAAGAUGCUGACGAGGAGAAGAUCACGCCGUUCAAGUGGCCCGGAGCUCCCGAGGAAAAGGACCCCGCGGAGUCUGCCCUUCAGUACUGGAAGAAGAAGGUGACCAAGCAGCUCGAGGAGGCCCAGCUGUCUCUCAACGAGGAGGUCAACGCCGAGAAGGCCCGUCUGCUGCGGCUGUUGGAGCCCCAGUUCACCGAGAAGCUGCAGCAUCUGUCUGACGUGGCCCAGAGCGCCUACAUUACCAUCGACAAGGUGGUGGCCGAUAUCAUCCCCCACCGAUUCCGCAAGGAGUUCAAUGCUAAGUACGGCCCCGUUGCCGAGCGAAAAAAGGCUGCCGAGGAGGAGGGCAUUGAGGAUGAGUACGAUGAGGACAUUGUUGGUACCCAGAUCCGAGUAGAGCCCUCGGACGUUCAGGCCACCUUCAAGACUCAGGCUGAUCUGUUACGAGAAGGCGCCAUGGACGUGCGUGAGCUCGCGUCUGAGCUCGCCCAGACUGUCAUUGAUCGAACCGAAAAAGUGCGGCUCAACACUCUGGAGGUGCUGGACGAGUUUGCCGAGUUUGCGCUCAAGGAGCUAGCCAAGACGGUCGUCAACACCGAGUCCUUCUCGCACUGGAAGGAAUACAAGCAGGUCAAGGACUCGAUCAUCGACGCCAAGGAGCGGAUGGAGAAGAGUGAAAUCCCCAUGGAGGACGUCAACGGAUACCUGCGGGAGGUGCAGGAGACCGCCAACCACCUUGCUCGAGAGGCUGCCCAGGCGCUCAACGGCCUGCGGUCCAAGUCUGACUUUUACUUCCAGGAGCGGCACCGAAUGGAGGAUUCGGAGCGGGUGGCCAAGGGCGAGACUUUAUCCGAUGAGACUCCCGAGGGAGUGGAGUUCUACGAGCCUACGGCGGAAGAGAUUGCCGAGGAGGCAGCUGCCGAGAAGAAGCAGCGGGCCAAGGCUCCGUUUGUGGAGUACGACAUUGAAGAAGAGGAGGGGGAGGAGGAGGAGGAGGGCUCGACGUCGACAUACACCAUGACUCAGACCCAGACUCGGGUGGUGACCGUCAGCACGGACGAGAAGCCUGUUGCCACCCCCGAGCCUGAAGAGGAGGCCGAGGUUGAGGAGGAGGUGGAGGACAAGACCGUCAAGAAGACGGCUUCUUCGUACGGCGACUUUGACGAGGAGGAUUACGAGGAUGAGGAGGAUGAGUAUGAUUACUAG